AUGGUUAAAGCAGAGUGGAACGGAGAAGUCAUUGCCGAAUCAGAUACUUAUGAAACGGUCGAAGGAAACAUUUACUUCCCACCAACAAGCCUGAAAAGAGAAUUUUUCGUCGACAGUUCACAUCAAACGACGUGCCCGUUUAAAGGUCAAGCAUCGUAUUACACAGUCUCUGUUAAUGGUAAAACGAAUAAAAAUGCUGGAUGGUAUUACCCAUCACCGAAACCAGUUGCUUCACAUAUCAAAGACUAUGUCGCGUUCUGGAAUGGUGUAGUUGUUACUAAAUGA